AUGGAUCCCAAAGCCUUACCCCCCAACCCUAAAGCCUUAUCCCCCAACCCUAUGGCCUUACCCCUCAACCCUAAAGCCUUACCCCUCAUCCUUAAAGCCUUGCCCCCCAACUCUAAAGCCUUACCCCCCAACCCUAAAGCCGUACCCCUCAACCCUAAAGCCGUACCCCUCAACCCUAAAGCCUUGCCCCUCAACCCUAAAGCCUUACUCCUCAACCCUAAAGCCUUACCCCUCAACCCUAAAGCCGUACCCCUCAACCCUAAAGCCUUGCCCCUCAACCCUAAAGCCUUACUCCUCAACCCUAAAGCCUUACUCCUCAACUCUAAAAGCCUUACCCCUCAACCCUAA